AUGUCAUCGUCUGACCGCCGCGCCGCUUCUUCCAGCCUUGCCCGGCACGUGCAAAGAGAGCACGGAAAGGAAGUCGAUGGGCAGGCAUACGCAAUACGUGACCCAGCCAUCGGAGGCGGUGUAGAGCGAUUGCUUCUGUUAGAGGGCGACUAUCUGCACCAAACACCCGACGACGAACCUCGUCAUUGCUCACCCGGUGUUCCCACCAGACACGAGCAAUGCUUCGGAGACAUCGGUGAUCAAACACAGAAAGUCGAUUAG